CAUACAGUUUUCGCUUUCCCAUCUCCAAAUAAAACUCCUUAAGAGCCAAAAUGUUCAAACUCAACUGGAAAACUAAGAGCAAAGCAAACUACUAUUUACAAUGUAUACAAUGCAGAGUUGGACGUGUAUUUGUCUUAUUAUUUGCAGUAUGCAGAGCGUGUGUCAUUGCUGUGACUGGAUCCAACACCACUACGGUCACUUGAGCUCAGAAUACCUUUCCCUGCUGGACCAGAUGGGAGGAGACAUCACAGAGCAGGAUGCCCCUGUCUUUUUCCCAACAUCACUUUACAGACACAUUGAUGACGCCGAGUUUGAGGACCAAGUCAGAUUCCGGAACGAGACCAUCUAUCAAAUCACAAAACUGUUUGAUGGGAAUAUGAAAUCUGUCACCUGGGACAAGAAAAAGCGGGACGAUUUCCUCAACAUUCUAGAACGCCAAUUUGAGAACCUUAAAUCCUGUGUAUCACCUGCCAAGAAACCUGAGAGGAGACUGAAACGCUACUUCAAGGAGUUGAAUAGGAAGGUUCUGAGAAAAAUGAACUACAAUGCACAGGCGUGGGAGCUCAUCAGGAAAGAGACCAAACGUCAUCUGCAAAGAUUGGAUAUUUUUAAGGCAAAGAUUCACUGAUCAUCCGGACUCAUCUCAGAAGCUACGCCCUUAACAGUUUAUAAAGAAUGCACACAAUC